CCUUUCCCUCCCAUCCUCUCUCUACUACACACACACACUUUUCCCAUGGUGACUCACAAGGCAUGUUGUCGACGCAGCAUCAAGGAAUGAGUGACAUACUUCGUCAACUGGCAGACCUUAGGCCACGACCGUUUUCUAUGACAAGAACGGGCACACCCAAACAAACCUCUUUCCAGCCGGCGUUGUCAACGGAAUGCACAAACACCAGCAAUUACAUCCUGGGGAAAAAAAAUGUCGCUACUUCAAGACGAGCCAGACGACGGUGAUUUCCCUCUCCCCCCCCCUUUUCCUCCCCACCCCCACCCUUCAAAAAACUGAAAAAAACGAUGGAAAAAAACUACAGAAAUGUUGAAUCUGAAAGCAUGAAAUUUUAUACCUACACUGCAUGAAUGGUACAAGUACUUAACGAACACUGAAUGAUCACCUACGUAUAGUCUCCUUCCUGUCCACCUGUGCAUGACACUGCUGCAUGAUUUUAAGGAUCAGCUGUUACCUCCUACUAGUUCUUCAAUCAUUGAUGAGGGAAGGGGGUCCUGACGCGUCGCCGGCCCUCGAGGACGUGCUGGCGCUGCCCGACCCGGCCGGCUCGUCGGCCUGGGUGUACCAUCCCGAGGAAGAUAAGAACCCGACGGCGCUCUACCCGAUGGGGCUCGACCUGCUCUCGGACUUCCCCGACGGCAGCCGUCGCCCGCCCGCCCGCCACGCCUCCUUCGCCACGCCGCGCUACGCCCGCGUGCACCAGCGGCCGCAGCGCGCGCAGAGCUUCGCGGUGCGGCGCGACGCCAGCAUGCCUGACGUGUACCCUGCGCGGCCGAGCCCCGUCGUGUGCCCCGAGCUGCCGUUCAACACGCUGUCGUCGCAGUACGCGCGCCCCAACGCGCGCCGCAUCCACCGCUCCAACUCGGUGAGCGGCCGCCUGCUCCUGGGCGACGACGCGGGCGCCGCCACGCUCAGCCGCAAGUUCCACGCGUGCUCGCUCGACGACCUGGACGCGGCGCCCGUGAUCGAGGUGGGCACCUUCCCGCGCGACCGCAGCAUGUCCGAGCAGAGCCUCGUGUCGUCGUUCCAGGAGUUCCCUCCCGGCGGGGGCCUCGCCGCGCAGAUCCACCGCACCGCCAGCGUGCAGGAGCGGCUGCUGGACGGAAAGAAGGUCCUCACGUCCUUCGGCCCCGUCAGCAGGCCGGUGGUGCGCGUCGUCAAGCCCAAGGGCCCGGCGCCCCCGCCCCCCAUCAAGCCCAAGCCCAGGCUGCAGACAACGCCCAUGAUUCACCAGGCGCAGCAGGAGUACGACGACGAGGAGCCGGACGCCUGCCACGACGCCGCGCGUCGCGAACAGGAGACGCAGGCCUACGAGAGCACGCGCAUCUGCGCCGCAGAGAUCGCGCCGGAGCCGCCGGUGCGCACGGAGAGCCUGCUGCGCGACGCGCACCCGGGCAUCGCCAAGCGCGUCACGGCACUCGAGCGCGCGCUGCCGCUUCCGGUCAUCGAGGAGAACAUCAAAAACACCCGCAAGCGGCCGGCGCCGCAGCCGCGCAACAUCCUCCCGCUGCACUCCGACGGCGAGUCCUCGCGGGAGGCGUCGCUCACGCGUCAGCACGACCGGCGGCCCCCGAAGCCCGAGAGCGCGAAGCCGCCGAAGCCGGACGCCGCGAAGCCGCCGCGGCCGGAGGUGAGGAAGCCGCCGCGGUCGUCGCUGCUGGAGAAGCCGCCGCGCCUCGCCGACAAGAACAUGACGAUCGCGCGCCCGGGCCCCGCUGGCCACGCCGCCCCCGCCAAGCCUGAGCGCAAGCGCGCCGAGGGCGACAGCGCGGCCAACCUGCGGCGCCUGGAGGAGGUCCUCACGAACAUCCUGGACCACGGCGCGCCGCCGCUUCUGCGCGCCACCAAGUCGGACGAGAACAUCGCGGAGAGCGUGAAGGCGGCGGACGCGAAGGCGCCGAAGGGCAUCCUCAAGAAGGGCCCGAAGCCGCCCUCGAAGCCCAGCAAGUACGAGGUGGCGCACCGCGAGGCGCUCGAGGACUCGCGCGCGCUGCUCGAGCGGCUUCCACGCGGGGAGCUGCAGCGCAACAAGAUCGUGCUGCGCGUGCCGUCCUUCCGCACGGCCGGCUGCCAGACCGAGGCGUACCGCCCGGUGCGCCGCCGCGCCUCCUGCGCGCAGACCAACCUCAGCGUCGCGCCGCGCUACCGCACCGACACCGCGGCGCCGCCCGUCGCCAAGCCGCCGCGCGCGGCGCCGGCCGAGCGCUGGAGCAAGGGCGGGCGGCGCGAGGAGCCCCCGGAGGCGGCGGCAACCGACGGGUCGUCGUCGUCGGGCUACUCGUCGCCCGAGGUGAGCAGCAAGGAGCCGUCGCCGCCGCACUCGGGACCGCCGUCGCCCGCGUCGUCGUCCGCCGCGCCCAGCGACGAGGACGAGCGGCGCUGCGGCGACGCCAACGUCACCGUCAUCGAGAUCAACAAGGGCGACGCGGCGAGCGGCCGGGUGCGCACCUCCGCCGACCGCCCGCCGCCGCGCCCGCCCAAGCCGCUGCGCCUGCGCCACAUGUCCGACGCCGCGGCGCUCGUGAGCAGCCAGGGCGGCCUGCUGGUGCCUGUGCACCGCAGGACGGCGCCGCUGCCGCUCUACGAGGACGUGUUUGGCCUCGCCGCCCUCACCGAGAACGUCAUGCUACUCACAGAGGCCAUCAACCCGGUGCUGGUGCACGCGACGCGGCCCCACGACGGCGCGGGCGGCGGCGCGGCGGGCGGCGCCCCCUCCACGGCGCCCAGGGUCGUCGACGUGAUCCGCAAGACGCUGCAGGGGCCGGCGUGGGACGGUCGCACCGCCGUGCUCCCGCGCCCCAGACCCGCCCUCCGCACGCACAGCCUGUCCCUCCCGCGACCCUCCGUCACGUCCGCGGGCCGCCCCCACGCCUCCAGAGGGUCGCGGUCGCCCUCGCCCGUCCGCCGGGAGGAGCAGAGGCAGCAGGCGGAGAAGCAGAGCUCGGCCUCGUCCACCGCCGCCUACCUGGCCUCGCUCGAGCUCCUGGCGUCCCACUACAGGCACCAGGCGCUCGCCAACGCCAAGCAAUUACAGCUGCAACAACGACUGCUCAUGCAACAACAGCAACAGCAACAACCUCACCAACAGGAGCAACAGGAGCCACACGAAACGAAGCUAAAAGAACAAAUAGAGGAAGUGACCGAAGCGACCGAGACGAGUUCGGCCGCAGAGACGAAACCGAACCCUGCUUCGAGCGGCCAGACUGCGAGUGACUCCCGGUCUCCCGUUGAACAGGAGAGCGAGUGUUGACCUGCAGUGGAAUCCUGCGCGUGGACUUUCUUCUAAUGUUUGGGUUUCUUGAGAGGAGGAUGGCGUGGAUGAGGAUGAUUUAGAGAAAUCGGUGCAAGAGGGUUGUGGUUGGGGCUUUGCAACGAGGAAAUGAUAUUGGGUGAAGUCUGCAACAGAAGGAGUAUGGUGUUUGCAACAAAAGGAUGUUAGCGUUUGUGGCUUUGCAGCGAAGAAAUAUUAGUGGGUGAAGUCUGCAACGAAAGGAUAUGAGGAGUUUGCGAUUUGCAACGAAAAGAUACCAGUGUGAGGAGUUUGCAGCGAUAAAGUGGGAAACGGUAAUUUUCUGAUGUGAGAAAGAGAGAGAGAAAAAAUGUAAGGGUUGAGAGAUACCGUCGGUUUGUACGGGAACACAAUACAAAAGCAUUUUCUUGCAUGUACAUAUAUAUAUAUACAUAUGCUUUCAAAGACACGUCUCUGUGCUAAAGUUACUAAAACUGUCAAUGUAGAAGAACGAUACGAAAUUGCCUCCACAUAAGACAGAUUUAUAUGUACAAAAAAACCCAAAGGAAAUUGUGUGUCACUUUUUUUCGAUUUUUAUUAUACCUGAAGAACAUUACUUGAUAUUAAUGAACGAAUUGAUCGCCAAUGAAAACAGCAAGAGGAGUGCGUGUACACAUUUUAGACUACAGUGUCCUGCCAACAAUACAUCCUACAAAUAUAUAUGUAUCGUUGCUCCAGAUACGAAUGCAAUUGGCUCAUUUCCUGAAAUUCGGAGAUUUUUUGUGUUAUAGGAUCAGUGGGUUAAAGAUUCUGUUAAUAAGAAUAAAUAAACAGAUGAGUAGAUAAACAAUGAAUAAAUUAUAUAUAUAACUGAUAUA